AUGUUCAACCAAUUCAUUAACAUGAAGCUUUUCUUAGCCUCAUUCGCAGUUGUACUACUGCUCUCCGAUUUUUCGACCGAGGCACAUCCCCAUAGUCGAGAUGGAGAUAUUCCAGAAUUGUCUGUGAAAGCCGCAGUGGACGAGAAAUUGGCCGAAGCCAAAGAGAUCUUGGAUCAAUAUUUUGAUGAAUCACCUGGAGACAUACGCAAACGGGCUGUUCGACUCCUCCGACUUGGAAAGUAG